AUGCUGACAGCUACGCCAGAGAAGAGGAUCUUUCUCUAUUGCGGGGAUGUUCAUCACGGGAAGCGUGACGGAUGUGGACGAUUGUAUGGUUUAGGAGAAAGUGAUGAACUAGCGACGGUUGAAAGAGUUAUCCAAGCACAGGCAUCUGAAUUUCGAUUGAUAUACGAUGGAAUGUGGGAACAAGAUUUACCGCAUGGAUGGGGGAUUGGUGAGAUUGGAACUGGAAGGUAUGAAGGAGCAUGGAGGGAAGGAAAACGAGAAGGGAUGGGAAAGUAUGUUAAAUGGCAUCGACCUAUUGAUGGUAUAUCGGAAUGGAGUCGUGGGUUUAAAAUGGGAUUUUCAACUUAUGAUGGAGAAUGGAAGGAUGAUCUUCCCGAUGGAGUUGGAGUUUUUAUGGAUCAGUUUGGAAGGGAAAUACGAGGAAGGUUUUCUGAAGGUAAAUAUGAUGGAAAAGUGUUGCGAAUGUCGAAGAAUGUCAAGAAGGUGACUGGAGAGUCACCGUGGAUAAAAUCUCCAGAUGUGUUUAUUAGAAGUGAUUUGUUGGCCGUCGCUGAAACGUCAAUGGAAGUUGAAACAAUUUUUAGUUUGGCCAAAGGGUUAUGGACAAGUUUAUGA